AUGCUUCUGGGCCCAAAAUACACGGUGAGCGUCCGGAUAGCCCCUCCCUCCGAACCCGACCGCACUUCCCAGGCACAAGCAAUAGGUUUUGAACUUGAAUACUCCAGCGACAUUGAUAUAGAAGAGGAAAACGAUGAGAAAGAUGAUGAGAAUGAUAUUGAUCCAUGUCUUACUCAGAAAGACGAAGGCAAUGAAAAGAGUGAAAUGAGAGGAGAGGAAAGGGAGAUGGGAGGUAGACGGCGGAGGCGGCGUGAAGUACUGGCCAUUCUCGAGGUUCUCGUUGGCGGGUCCGUUCCGAUCAGGAGUUUGGACGUCAACGUUGUUGGCUGGGGCGGCGGCGGCGUCUUCUUCGUCGCUCACGCUAGUGUUGCUUUCCCUGUCUUAUCCAUCGCCAAUGCUAAAGAUAUCGUCCAUAUCGUCAUCGCUAUUGCCCUCAGCUCCCCUCGUGAGCUCAAUCUGCCAAAAGGCAGAAUCUAA